AUGGCCUCCCAGCUACUGGCCGACGAGGCCCUGGCCUGGGUGGACCAGAUGACUUUGUGGUUGCAGGAAUUGGUGACCUUCACCCAGGAGUGGCAGCAGCUGGAGCCAGCUCAGAGGGACCUGUACAGAGAUGUGAUGCUGGAGAUUUUCCAGAACCUGCACUCACUAGCCCUUCGUGUGCGGCGAGUGCGGGCGACGCUUCCACCGGACAGUACGCUGGCCGCGCACCGGCGCACACACACCGGCGAGCCGCCCUACCGCCGCGCCUUUGUGCAGAACAUGCAGCUGGUUGGGCACCAGCGCACGCACACGGGUGAGCGGCCCUACCUGUGCGGCGACUGCAGCAAGGCCUUCACGCUCAUCACCAAGCUGGUGGACCACCAGCGCCUCCACACCGCGGAGAAUCCGUUCGCGUGCCACGUGUGCGGCAGGUGCUUCAGCAAACGCUCGUCCCUGCUCGGGCACCCGCGGGCCCCACACAUACCGGGUGUGCGGGAAGGCCUAACGCGAGAAGUCCGGCCUGGCCCGCCAUCACCGCACGCACACGGGCGAGCAGCCUGUGGGUGCCCCGAGAGCGCCAAGGCGCUGGCACAGAGCCCGACGCUGGCGGAGCAGCAGAUGCGCACGGACGAGAAACCGUACCGGUGCCUGCCGUGCGGGGCGCGCUUCACCAGGUCGUCCGCGCUCAUGCUGUGCAAGAGGCUCCAGCCCGGCGACAGGCCCUCGCGCUGCGCCCACCAGAACGUGCAGCUCGCCCGGCACCCGCGCAGCCACCCCGGCGACAGGCCCGCCCAGUGCAGCGCCUGCGGCAGGUCCUACAGCCAGAGGCCUACCUGGCCGUCCAGCAGCGCGCACACAUCGGGGAGCGGUCCUUCCCGGGCCGGGACUGCGCACCCGGCCAUCCACAGCGAUGAGCGGCCCUCGCAGUGCGGCGUGUGCGGCAAGUCCACCCCGGUCCAGCACGGCAGGGUCCACACCAGCAAGCCCUGUCAGUGCGCGCAGUGCGGCAAGGCCUUCGGCCACCAGCCACGCUGA